CUGCUUGCUAGCCAAGGCAGGCUGCAGGGAGGCAAAUGAACCCCAUAAUUCCUAAGUCAAGUACAGUGGUACCUCGGGUUAAGUGCUUAAUUCGUUCCGGAGGUCCGUACUUAACCUGAAACUGUUCUUAACCUGAAGCACCACUUUAGCUAAUGGGGCUUCCUGCUGCCGCCGCGCCGCCGCCACACGAUUUCUGUUCUUAUCCUGAAGCAAAGUUCUUAACCCGAGGUACUAGUUCUGGGUUAGUGGAGCCUGUAACCUGAAGCGUAUGUAACCCAAGGUACGACUGUACACAAAAGUUUCUUAGGUCUUUUUAAACCGGGGGGUCGUUCGGCCCGCCUCCUCCUGCGGCUAUUGAAAAACAAGCUCGCCCUAUCAAACAGCUCAUCUCAACUUAGCCAGCAGGAGUCACGUGUUGCAAACAAAAAACAGGAUCGCGAAAGGCAGAAGCGAAAGCGCCGGGUGAGCAAACGGACGCGGAUGCAUUUUCUUGCAUUUGCUCAGUGCUCGCCUCUUUCUCAGCGCGGAAAGGAAGCGGCGGCAGCUCCUCGUCCGGCUCCUCCCUCUUCCUCGGAGGACGGAAACGGAUCCUGGGCGAUCCUGGGCCUCCUUCCUUGGGUCUCCCCGGCGCGCGCUCGGGCUGAAGGGGCGCGAUGGCCAAGAGCGCCCGGCAGCGCCUGAUGGACGCCCUGGAGAACUUGCACGACGGCGAGCUGCGCAAGUUCAAGGCCAAGCUGGCCGAGAUCCCGCUCGAGGAAAGCCACGAGCACAUCCCCCGAGGGCGGCUGGAGAAGGCGGACGCGGUGGAUCUGUCCAGUCUGCUGAUCAGCUACUACAAGCAGGAUUACGCCCUGCGCCUCACCGCGCAGGUCUUGGAAGAGAUCCACUGCAAGGACCAGGCGCAGAAGCUCCGCGGAGGCGGCGAGCAGAGUAAGGGAGGAGGGGGAGGCCUGGCCGGGAGACAAGCGUGGAUCCGGGUCAUCUCAUUGGACGAGGGGAAGGGAGGCGAGGGGGGGGGACUUUCCCAGCUUCUCUUUCAGGUCCGUCCCAAUCAACUCAUCAGGAGUUAGUCCGAGGAGCUCUUUCUUCAAGGUCUAGUGAGGCGCCUCUGAAAUGUUAGGUACACUUUUGCAAGGAAAGCCACAUAAAGAGGGGGAGGAGUGAUUUUGAAAUCAGCAGAUCCUCACCACGUACCUUCUUCCUCGCUACCAUAAUAAUAAUAAUAAUAAUAAUAAUUUAUUAUUUAUACCCCGCCCAACUGGCAGGGUUUCCCCAGCCACUCUGGGUGGCUUCCAGCACAUAUAAAAAUGUAAGAUAACGUCAAACAUUAAAAACUUCCUGAUAUAGGGCUGCUUUCAGAUGCGUUCUAAAAAUUGUGUAGUUCUUUAUUUCCUUGACCUCAUUUGGUAGGGCAUUCCACAGGGAGGGUUCCACUGUGGAGCAGGCAGUACCACCCCAAUAUGGAAAUUAAAUCCUAUUUGGAAAUCGUACCUAAUAUAUUUCUCAAUCACUCAAUUCUGUCCACAGAGGGCUUUUCUUUUCAGUAAUGUUACAAAUUAAAACUUAAAACCACAGGACUGUCAAAACACAUCCACCCAUGCCACGUGUCUUGGCAUACUUGUCCUGCAGACUGGAAGCUAUGAUCUUCUUUCCACUUUUAUCCAUUUGGAAGUAUUUCAAAAUUCCCACAGAAUAAAUGCAUAUAGCAGGUAUUAAAUAUCUUACUAUUUUCCCUUGCAUCCUCUGUGCAUCUUUACAUCACCUUCAUUUUAGAUGGCUGCCUCUCAGCUGUUGUAUUUUUCUCCUUUCUACAUUUCCAAAAAUUAGUUUCCUGAUAUUUAGUGGCCUUAUAAUCAUGAAAGGGUUGCUCGUUUCAUGUAUCUAAAAAUCACAUCCGUUGAAAUGCAGAGAUGGUGUUAUGCUUCUGUUAAAUGGGUGGAAAUGUUUCCAGUUCCAUCCAUUCCUGAUUAUUGUUGGAGCUGGUUUGGGGGGCCCAGAGGUACCUUUGGUGGAACUGCCCUGCCAUCAAGAGUUUUGGGGUAAAAAUCUAAUGAGGUAUCAGAAAGAAAACAUUUUUAAUUUUGUCUAUAAUAAUGAAGGAUGUUUGUGUGGAACGGAAAACUCAGAACAUCAACUCUCUUUUCUGUUCCAGCUGCUUGCUGUAACCCUCAGAUCCCUGUGCCUUCCACCAGUACCACCUCUGGAAGAAAUGGUGAGCUCCAGCCUCUAUCUUCUUAAAUAUUGUCCGUCCCCCAUCAACAUCCAUAAGCUAACCUCCAGGUCUCUGCUAGGUGUUGGCCUUUGCUCCAGCCUGCAGUAAUCCUCUCACUUAAGCCAGAUCCACACUACAGUGUUACCUCAGGUUACAUAUGCUUCAGGUUACAUAUGCUUCAGGUUACAAACUCUGCUAGCCCAGAAAUAUUACAUCAGGUUAAGAACUUUGCUUCAGGAUGAGAACAGAAAUCGUGCAGCAGCGGCGCUGCGGCAGCAGGAGGCCCCAUUAGCUAAAGUGGUGCUUCAGGUUAAGAACAGUUUCAGGUUAAGAACAGACCUCCAGAACGAAUUAAGUUCUUAACCCGAGGUACCACUGUACUGCAAAUGCCUCUCAAUUUCAUGCUGCUUUAAUUGUCCAGGCUUCCCACACACACACAAAACGGGAAUAGUCGUUUGCAGUAAGCCAUACUUAGCCAUGGAAAAAGCAAAGGCAGCUGUGUCUGUAUUCUUUACUUAGCCAAUGGCAAGAGCUUUCCUUAGGAAAAUGAGGAGAGCUCACCAGGAUAUUGCAGAGAGGAGCAAGGCAGACACACAUAAAAUACAAAGAGGAAUGUACUCUGCUGCUAACUCACUAGCAUGAGUGAGGAAGGGUAAUAUUUCAUCAAUAUAUCCUCUUCUACUAGCCACAACAUUCCCACAGAUUCCACAUCCAGUGGUACCUCAGGUUAAGUACUUAAUUUGUUCUGGAGGUCUGUUCUUAACCUGAAGCACCACUUUAGCUAAUGGGGCCUCCUGCUGCUGCUGCACCUCCGGAGCCCAAUUUCUGUUCUCAUCCUGAAGCAAAGUUCUUAACCUGAGGUAAUAUUUCUGGGUUAGCGGAGUCUGUAACCUGAAGCGUAUGUAACCUGAAGCAUAUGUAACCCGAGGUACCACUGUACACAGGAACAACACAAGAAUCUGCCUCGUGUAGAGUCAACCCUUAGGCCCAUCUAGCUUAGUACUGUCUGCACUGACUUGCUUUCCCACUUCUACCUGGAUAUGCUGGAGAAUGAAUCUGGGACCUUCUGCAUCCCUGCAGAUGCUCCACCGCUGAGCUGUGGCCCUUCCCCCACCUGUGCACACCCUUAAGGAACCCAUAGUCUUCCCUCACAGAGAGGACAAGUGUAAAUGUCUGGUGCGUGGCUGGAUCCCUUGAUUCUGGUUCUUCCUUUGGCAGAGACACAGCCUCCAGCUCCACCGGAGCAGCAUUUCAUUGAGCGGCAUCGGGAGGCCCUGAUCCAGAGGACGGCCACCGUGGAGGGGAUCCUGGACGUGCUGCUUGGCGAUGUCCUGGAUGAUGAGCAGUACCAAAAGAUCUCCGCCAAAAGCACCAGCCAGGAAAAAAUGCGGGAGCUCUACAGGUUGCUGCCCAGCUGGAACCAAGCUUGCAAGGAUAAGCUGUACGAAGCCCUGGAGAUGAAAAACAGGUUCCUCGUUGACGACCUGGAAAGAUAAAGAGGCAGCCAAGGCACAGCCCCAUUCUGGGGCACAGGAAUUCCGCCUCGGCAUGUCAGGGGACUACCUUCAAGCCAUGUAAUAUCUUGUAUGAGCAAGAAAAACAAGGAAAUAUACUUUGGGGAAGGAAAUGCAGGUAGCUACAGUGGGAAGAACCUGGAGGAGGCCGUCACAUUUGACUCGGGGACACUGGAGUGAGAAGGAACAUGAAUCUGUCCUCUUUGAUAAAGGCCAAUUCUAUUUUCUCUUUGUGUUUAGCCCCCUCGGUGCUUGUAGGAACCAUGAUGUGUGGGAAUGUUCUUGGAUGCAGGAGAGGAUGUAAUGUUUGAUUAUAGCCUUUCCAACUUGUGUUAACAAGUUCACAAUUUAGCAGAGUAACAUUCCCCUUUUUAAACUUACAGCGGAUGCGUUUGCUCAGGCUCGCUAAAGCCUCUAUAAUAACUGUUUGGUAUUUCCCCCUUAUUCCCUCAUAAAAGAUAAGACACGACACAGUCUUCUGUAAAAGUAUAAAAAGAGUUUACUCACAUUUUGUUCACAAUCGGAUCCCAGAAGGCAGACUUAGCUUAGAAAAGUAACAUACACUUUGAAACUAUCUCAUAAGGAGACAGUCCUUCUGUCCUGUGAUGGCCUGGGAAUCCGAUUCAGAGGCUGAACCGGAGGAAUCCCAGCCUGCACAGGAGUCCCCGCCUCCAGGGCCGGCUGAACUGGGGCAGGGCCUUGAUUCUGAAGCGCCUGCACCUGUGCCGGAUCCUCAGGAGCAGGCACCAGGUGAAUCCACUCUGGCUCCGGAGGUGGUUGAGGACUCAGUGCCUACAGGUGAGUCUCCCCCUGGGUCCAGUAACCCUUCAUCCUCUCCUGAACUGCAGAGGCUCAGGGCAGAGAGGCGAAGGGAACUGGUUUCUCCCAGGAGGAGUGCUCGCCUUAAGGCCAGGAGAGGCGGGUCUCCUGGGGGCCGGGACCGCCCCUGGCCUCAGAGAAGAUAAAGGCCAGUCAGCCCGGUCCCAGGUUGUGGGAGCAACGUCGUUGAAGAGCUGUUUUGGCCAGCAUCCAGUCCUGUUCCCCCAGAGUUCCUGUCCUUGCCUGGCUUCUCGCUGUGGACCCCGCUUCGCCCGAGGAGGACUGUCUGCCGACCCUCAACUCAGGUCCUGGACCUCGCCCCACGGUAACCUCCCCCCUGGACCAGCACAGUCCUCUCUUGGUUGGAAGCCAAGAGAGCAUCUUUGGCUAAGCAGAUGUUGCUUCUUUGAUGCAUGUAGUCAAAGAGAGAGAGAUGGCUGUCCUACCCUGUGCUUUUGUCGUUACCUGCACAGGUGAGGCCACACCCACCUCUACUCACAUGCAGAGGAAGUCUGUCCCGGCCCAGAAGGAAACAGGAAGUUGGACAAACAUUCCUCCCCAUGUGUUAACAUGUUCACUCUAGGAAUGUUGUACUUGACUGCUCUUGUGUUUCACAUCCCACAUGAUGCCCUCAGAGAACCCACUGGCACCUCUCAAGGUCCCCUGCCCCUCCCAGAUUCAUUUUUUUUCUUUAAAAAACUGGUUUUUGGUAGGUCUUUUUUUGGGGGGGGGGUUCCUUGUUUGGAAACCUGUUCUCUGCUUUUGUGAGAUGUUUGAGGUGUUUUGAGUGGGUAGGUUCUGAGCAUUGCCAUUUCCCCCCCUGUGAAUUGGGAUUUUGUAGUGCCCAUGGCAGUUUCUUAGGAGAGGAGCUUGUUGGCAGGUGUUUGCUCAGCUGAACCAAGGGAGAAGGCUUUCUGCUCCACUUCCACUGCAGCCAUGUGGCUACUGGCUGAUGAUAGUUUAGAGGGAGGAGGAGGAGGCUAAUGGACGCAGAUCUCUCAAGCUCUUUCUCUGCAGCAGCCAUACAAUUUAAGGGAUAAAUUGCUUUGCAUGCAGAUGGUCCCGUAUUCCAUCUCCUCUUUGAAACUCUGGAAAAUCACUGCCUGUCAGUGUAGACAGUACUGAACUAGAUCAGCCAAAUAAUCUGACUCAGUACAGUGGUAUCUUGGUUCUCAAACUUAAUCUGUUCCAGAAGUCCGUUCCAAAACCAAAGCGUUCCAAAACCAAGGUGCACUUUCCCAUAGAAAGUAAUGCAAAACGGAUUACAACCCCUAAAACAGCAAUUUAACAUGAAUUUUACUAUCUAACAAGACCAUUGAUUUCUAAAAUGAAAGCAAUAAUCAAUGUACUGUACUAUAAAUAAAUAAAUAAGACAGUACUGUAUUGUAGAUGCGAAAAAUUAAAAUUACAUUUUUUUCUUAUCUGCACUGAUGAUAGUCAUUGUUUGGAUGCAGGGGGGUUUUAUCCAUUUCCGCAGUCACACAAUCAAUCAGUAGCUGAACUGGAUUCCACACAGUCACAAAAACAAAUAAACCGUAAAAGCCUCAAAAACAAAAAUGCAAACCAGAAGUCCGUUUGACUUCUGAAAUGUUCGAGAACUAAGCCACAGCUUCUGAUUGGUGCAGGCAUCCCUGAAACAACAACAACAA